AUGGUGGCCGCACUCUUUGAACUGUCGUCCCAGUGGCUCUCAAAGGCCCUUGGCUUUGACGUUGUCAUUGCUAAGUCUACCCGAAUUGGGACUGGCCAGAUUGGCGAAGUGUACCGCGUUGAGCUUGAGUAUGGCACAAAGACCCGAGCAGGGCCUGCCUCGGUGGUGGCAAAAAUGGCUUCUCUCGAUGCAGAUUGCAAAUCUUUCGGGGUCAACUCUGGUUUGUACGAGCGAGAGGUCCGAUUUUAUAAAGAGAUUGCUCCGCUGCUCACAACGGGGCCGAUUGCAACAGUUUACAGGGUGGACAGGGAUGAAGUAUCCGGAGAAUUUGUCAUUUUGAUGAGUGACAAUGCUGGAAGGGUUGGCUGUGACAUUAGCGGAGCAACACUCGAAGAGGCCAGAUUGGCCAUGUCGGAGCUUGGUAGACUCCAUGGGUUGAUUUUGAACCAUGUGUCUUUGAAGAAGCACGGAUGGAUGAAGAGGACAAAAGCCUGGUCGGCAGCAGAACAGAUGUUGGAAUACUGGGAUCGUUUCAAGGAGCGAUAUGGAGAUCGCAUGAGACCAGAACACCGCGACAUCUGCCAGAAGUUUAUCGACAGCUUUGACGCGUACCAUGCCGCCCUAGACGCGACUUCAGCUCCUACAGGGCUCGUACAUGGAGACUAUCGACUGGACAAUAUCCUAUUUGGACACAGUGGAGGCCUGCCAUUGACCUUGGUGGACUGGCAGACCUGCUAUUGGGGGCCCAUCCUUCAUGAUCCCUCAUACUUUUUGGGGUUAGCUAUAACCCCUGAAUUUCGUCGCGAACACGGAGAAGAACUGUUGAAAAUCUAUCACGAGGCUCUCUCUGUGAGCUCGCCUUUCCCGAUCAGCAUUCAUGAAUGCAAGGCGGGCGUUCAGAUGCACAGUUUCACUGGAAUGCGUCAAGCCAUCACGGCGGCGAGUCUCGUGGAAAGAACAACCCGAGGAGACGACCUGUUCCUGACCAUGUUCGAGCGCAGCUGUGAACACGUCGCUGAUACGAAGGCGCUUGAGGUGCUGCCCCCUCCGGUUCCCGUCCCACAUUUGGAGCCAGAAGCAUUAGACGAGAAGAUGCAUCCGUUCAGCGACCACCCCCUUCACAACGAAAGCUGGUAUUUUGAUGUGGUUGACGCAGAGCAGGAAGUCGGGGUAUGGGUGAGGCUCGGAGUCAUUCCCAACCAGAGUGGCUCAUGGUACCAUGCCUUAAUCUGCGGACCAAAGAUACCCACGGUUGGAGUCAUCGAUUUUGAGGCUCCUCACCCGGGAGAGGACCUUAUAGUCCAUGGCGCGGAGUACACAGCCACACACAAAGCAGAAGUGCCCCUCAAGGAAUAUCGUAUCACUGUGAAGGGAAAAGGAGUGGCAUUCGAUGAGCCAGCGACAAUCUUGCAAGGUGGAAGUGGCCGGCCAGUGGAUGUCCAGAUGGACCUCCUUUUUGAAACAGACGGCCACCCUUAUAAAUGGCGCCGUGCGACCAGAUACGAGAUUCCUUGUAAGGUCACUGGUACGUUCUCAUGGGACGACCACACCUUCACCUUUACCAAGGCAAGAGGCCAACGGGACCAUUCUUGGGGUCCUCGCGAUUGGUGGUCGGCCGACUGGGUCUGGACUGCAUUCCACUUCGACGACGGGACGCACAGCCACCUUGUACAUGCCAAAGCCCGAGGAGGAGACUAUCCUCACCUUGGUGUAGGGUAUGUCCAGAGAGAAGGGGAGCCGUUGAUUGAAAUGACCGACGUCAAAGCAGCAGCAGAAAUGGCAGCAAAUGGGUUGGGCAUCUCAACCACGAUCACGAUGGCUCCGCUUCCGCUCACCUUCUACGUGAAACCCACUGGGCAUGCCCCUCUAUGCCUCAUGGCGAAGGACGGACGAGUUGCAAAGUUUCCUCGCUCUUGGGCGACAAUCACCACUAAUGACGGUCGCAAAGGCGUCGGCUGGCUCGAAUGGAACAUCAACGAGUGA